GGUGCUAAGGGAAGUGGUUCGGGUUGGUUCGGGUUCCUUGGGCUCGAAUCGGCUGCUCGGGCUUGAACUCAUCUCGCCGGGAUAGAGUCGGGCCCAGCGCCGUCGGGGACGUCUUUUUUUUUUUUCUUUUUUCCUUUGUGUGCUCGGGCUUCCCUUCCUCCCUCCGUUCCCCCGCGGGAUUAUUUGGAGUGAGAAACGCCAAUGGGGCUGCCCGGAAGAUCAUUUUCCUAGCUGCUUGUUUUUGUUUUCUUGCCCUCCUUACUUGGGUUGUGUGGGCAAACCCAAGCCUUUCAGGCUGUUGCGUUUGCAACAGGCCAGAAACCGUGGCGGGCCUUUUGCGUUUCAAACGCGGUGUUCUUACUCCGGCAGUCUUUACCCACGAUCGUCGCUCUGCUCUUUUCCUGCGUUGGAGAUUCAGGCGCCGCCGCAUCUGUGCGCGACGAUCGGUGCUUCCAGGUGGUUAAAAGGACGCAGUUCACUGUCUGUAGGGACUAAUCUUUUAGCCGAGGCAGGAUCACUUUAAUGGCAAUCAAAGCUCACCACGGACGUGGAGGAACGUCGCGAAAUACCUCUGGCCAGGGACUUGGCUCGCCUGUUUUCGAAGCCUGGUAGCUGGUUGCAACCAGCAAAAGGAAGGAUUCGCAUUGUGUAGCAAAGACCGCGUGCAUCUCACCGCGUCACGCCCCCUCCCUCUGAUCGUAUAUUCUGUUCUCUGAGUUUAAUUUUGGUCACGCUUUUUGUACACUGCCUUGGUAUCUGUAAGGACAAGGGGUGGUUUAAAAAUAAUUAGAUAGACCAGAGCAUGUAUAGUUCUGGCUUUUCCCUUACUUUCUAUCCAUCCGCCUUCCAUUAAAGUUCCCAGAGAAACUUACUCAACUAUCCGGUGGUUUCAUGGUCUGGUCAGUGUCUCAUUGUAUCAAAGCAGCAGUCUUUGUAGUCGGAAGAACUAAUACUGUGCUUUGUUAAGAGUCACGCUUAAAUUUAGACUAGGCCAUGUGUUUAGUGGUUCUCCAUAAAAGCAAUUGGAAGAGAGCCAGCACUGCGAGGAGCAGGCAAGCACAAACAGCUGGUAAGGGAAACGUGACCUGCCAUUUCCCUUGGGUCCACUUUGUGUGUGUAUGCACACUCAUGGAUAGCCAGAGUGUAGCUUCCCAUUUUUGUAGAGUGCUUACAGGUGCUGAGAGGCUGUGCUUAACUAUAAUGAGGAGUUGGCUUCCUUGUGGACUUGUGAACUAUAAGGCUGUAGAUUGUUGUAUCUUCUCUAAGAUUGCUUGUUGAUGGACCUGAGUUAUAGCUGAGUUCUGCCUACUGCGGGAGACCCCAGUCUUUAUUCAUUUAUAUAUUUAUAUCUCAUCUUGCAAGAAAACCAAGGCAGAUGUUUUAGAUCCACUGGCACAUUUAGGAAUUUGAUAAACUGCAAGGGGCAUCACCACAAAAUGGCUGCCCUGGUUGGAUGUGGAUAGUCACACACAAUAGCUGCCAUGGUUAGUCAAAAGGAGGGUGGGGAAAGAGAACAAGGUUGCCAGUUGUGGGGAGGGAGAAGCAACAAGGUAAAGGGGUACAGGGAGAGAAAGAAGAAGCAUUGCUGGGGGUUAGAAGGGUGGGGAAAGAGACUGCUGUUGCAUUUUCCAAGGUUUUGGAACAUUUAUUUUGAAGGAUGUGGGGACGAGUACCAUAGCGGGGACUCCUUGGCCUGAGCACAAAAUCCUUUCUUAUAACCAGAAGAGCUUAAUUAAUAAUGGAUCUUAAGAAGAUCUGUCUUAUGGACUCUGCCUUUCUAAAAGUUCACUUUCAGGUUUCCUUCAGAACCAAGAGGAAAACAGAAUAAAACACAAGUGCCUCUACCACAGUGGACUACUUGGAUCACCAGUUACUUUGACUUGCAGAAGCAUCAGAACAAACAGACGGUGGUUCUUCACUCAAGACAUCAUUAAUGUUACAAGACCUCAUAUUUUGGGGUCCUGAAGCAGAUGGCUUUGGAGCUGGAAAAGUCUCCUUUUGAUGCUGCAUUAAGUUUGAAGGCAAAAAACUGUGGUCGAUGGAAUUACACCAAGCUUGAGAUGAACUACUCUGCUUUGGUUAACCAGACUCACCAGCCCUCGGAGGUGGAAAAGGAAGCCCCUUUGCUCAGAGGAACUGAAGAUGAAGAGCCCAGAGGUGUAGAGGAAGUUUGUCAUUCAGCGCCUAGCGUUUCCAAGAAGAGUGGAAAACAUUAUGAAAUGCCUUUUAUGCCUUCUGGCAGGUUUUGCAAGGUAAAAGCAAACACAACAUAUUUGGAGAGACAGCCUCUUGGUGGCAAGGCUAAUGACAGCAGUGAUGGCCCUUAUCAUUUCAGCAGGGGUGGCUUGCAUCCCGAAGAACAGCAGAUGAACGCAGUCAAGCGCUCCAAUUCUGCAGAGCUGCUUCCCGGUUGGCUGGAAGUUCCUGAAGUCCUCCCAGUGAAAGCUGUGGACUCCGCCUUUUACAGCCCUUCUGCUGGGACCCAUCGCAGCCAUGAUGCCGGCUGCAGGAGCCACAUGGCCUUUGCCCCUUAUUCGUCCACCCCAAAACAUUUGUCAUAUAAAAGAGACCCUUAUUUCAAUGCUGGACUGCCUGCAUUCACUAGGACUGACAUUUCUUCACAACCUCCAGAGGACUCUGACUUGGAACAGCAGGAAAUGACAGGAUCCAAGAGCUUCUCAACUGGUGGGGCUCUUUUAUUGCCUGAAACAUCUGCUCCAUGGUAUCGGCACAGUCUGUCUGAUCUGGAAGACACUCCCAUGGUAGGCACCCGCAAACCAAUGUCUGUGGAUUACUGUUCCCUGCUGGGGCAAGUAAGAAAAAUGUCCUCCUUCCAGGCAGAUUACUGGGCAUGCGCAAUUCCAGAUUCCUUGCCACCAUCGCCAGACCGUCGGUCCCCUCAUUGGGACCCAAAUAAAGAAUAUGAGGACUUGCUUGAUUAUACCUACCCUCUGAGGCCAAAAUACAAGCUUGCAAAGAACCCCAAAGACUCCACUGUCCAUGAUUCUGGGGUUGAACUUGAUACCCUUUCCAUUUCUCCUGAGAGCACCUUGAAAUCUGGGAGUGUGCAAGACCAAGAACAGCCAGCUGUGGGGCUCCAGAGUGUACAGCGGUUUUCAACUCCAUGGCUGAAAAGAUCUGAGCGCUUGGCUCCAGCUUCUCACUACCGACUUACACCUGUUGGAAAAGUCUCUAUUGCAGAUGCCGGUCACUCUGCCUGCAGGAUUGGCAUCUCCAGAGAAAUGGCGGAGGGGUUGUCUCCUCAGUGCACUGGGCCUGCUCCAUCCAGUUCUGCCAACAUAGGCCAAGGGGGCUGGAGCUCCAGGGGACAUGACUGCCUUCAAAAGAGGGAGGCCACUGCUAGCAACUUCAUACCCUCUACACAGGUGCUGCCCUUAAAGAAGGCAUGUUCUAGUGAUGAGGAGUAUCUCUCAUUACCCCCCAGACUCAAGGAGCUGGAGACAUUGGCUCAGCAGUUGACUGACCUUUCUUUGACCGAGAGGAAAUCUGAAGGUGACCAUGUCCAUGAUGACUUACCAUGCAUCAGUAUGACUGGAGAGCAUCAGGCUGAGGGUGGCGGUAAGGAGAGCCCCUGGGAACUGCCUUGUGACCCUUGCCCUACCUCCAGCCCCCAAGCACAUGGUAAACAGGGCCUUCCGAGGAAUCAAGACUGCAGGGACCGGGAACAUGUGCUCCGAGGGACUGCCUGCCUUGACUUCCUUGAAGCAAGAUGCUUGGAGUUCCUGGAGGGUGGGAGCCAACCUAAUGAGCAAGAGAAGGACCAUUGCACAGACUCGCUUGCACAGCAUAUUAAGAUAUUUUGCUGUCAAUUAGAAGAGCUCAUUCGUUGGCUCCACAAAAUAGCAGAAGUCACAGACAACUGGAUUCCUCCCAAACCAGAUAUUGAAAGUGUUAAAGCAUCAGUACAACACUACCUGGAGUUCAAAAAGGAUUUGGCUGACCACCAAGCACUCUCUGAAGGUGUGUUGCAGGAUGGUGAAAGACUGCUCCAGUCUAUAGCUUCAAAUUCACCAGUUUUACAGGACACUCUUAGCUUGAUUGCCAAACAGUCUAGUGAGCUGGAAGGCCACGCUGCACGUUUGUAUGAGUCUGUUCUAGCAGCGAUGGAUGCUCUCAGUGCUGGCUUGAUGAGGAAUUGUGAUGCUUCACCAGCAGAAGCCCAGGCAGAGUCAUCCAGAUAACACAUCCAGUUGAGGUGGAGCUUUGCGGACAGUCUUUAACUGAAUGGGAGAACUGCAUCAGGAAAUAAUUUGAUGAGGCACUGCUGAGCUGUUCUUCAGCUGAGGGCUGAAACUUUGGGGGCUUUCUCUUCAAAGCUGUGAUCUGUUGGGAGUGUGUUUAAGCUUGAUGUCCAAGCCCAGAAGUUGCUGCAGCUGGCUUCAGAUCGUGGGUCAGAGUGUUGGAGAGGAAUGAGGAUGCCACUUCCAUGGAUGUUGGAGUGAUGGGUGGAUUGGCUUAAUGAUGCACUCUUUCUAACAGCUGAAUAUCUGAUUUGAUUUUGUAUUUCUUCAGGUGAACAGUGGAGGAUCGUCAGCAGCUCUUUCCCCUGUGAUUCCCUUUUGAAAGAUUCUUUUAAUGUUUUAUUAACAAGACACUUCUGUGGAAGACUAGAUUUCAAAUAAAAUCAAUAUUUUAACACUGUA